CAACUGUCAAUCAAACGUCAGUUGAACUAGUUGGUUAAUCAGCCACAUAAUCGAAAUUCACAUCAUAGGACGAAUUUUCUUUUGGGAAAACCCAAUUUUAAGUCAUAUUCAUAUGUAUAUAACAUUUCCAGUAAUCUGUUUAGUCUAACUUGUUCAUAUGACUCAUUAAAACAUUGGCAGCUGGCAAAAGCGUAAAAAAUAAGUAAAUAUUUCACGUUGUGUGUCAAGAUUGAUUUUAUUUUAUUUUGUUUUAACAGUGGCUUAUUGGUAAUAAUAGCUAAUAAAUUCACUUUGUGUGUGACGUUGUACAAUUUAUUCGACAAAUUGGACGUACCAUAAUCUGAAAUGUGAAGUAGAGUUAUAAGCUUGUUAAGCAAUGGAUGAGAGUACUAAGAAUUCCCCUUGUAAGAUAUCAAGGGGACAAACCGUUAUCAAACUGUGUCAUAUUACUUUAGAGCAUUUUGCUUGCUGAUCUGGUAGUCUGUACCAAUUUGGUGUGCAAGAUUAAUUUAGUUUGAUAAAAUGGAGUGUGACGGUGAUGCGGACGAUCUUCAGCUGCACGCUGAGGUGGAGCACUUGAGGCAGCACCUGGCGGAGCGGGACAGCCACAUUGUAGCUCUUGAGGGGGAGUUCAUCAAGUGUACAACCAGAGCUAACGAUUUAGAAGAACAAGUCAGCACUUGGAGGGAGAAGUAUGAAAGGUUAUAUGAUUCACAUAAGAGGGUACAGAAACUGAAUCAAGUGCUGGAAGAUAAGCUUCUGCAAAUGGUUGACAAAAUGAAGGGAGAGAAAAGUCAACUUACCAAAGAUAUUGCCACUUUGUCUGUACGACUUGCCGAGUCUAAGCACAACUACAGUAUGUUACAAAAGGAGAAUGAGAGAUAUAAGAAUGAUAUGAAUCUAGCAAUACAGUUGCUACAAUGCAAACCUGAUAACUUUGUGUCUCAAAAAUUGGACAAUCUUCCUGUAGAUACGCAGGCGAGAGUGUCUCAGUACGUUAUGUCCAAGACAUCUUCGAAACCGUCAAGCUCAACUCAAUCUAAAAACGGUAACGAUAUUGAUACUUUUGAUGCCAGUGAAUACGAAUUCAAUAUUUCCGCUUCCCUGAUGUCAAAAAUACUUGAAGACAGUAUUCAAGAUACUGUUACUAAACACUGUGAUACUUGCACAUGCAACAAAUCUCAAAACAAACCGUUCUGCUACAAUGAAAGCUAUUAUUCUGUAGCCACGCAAACUAUGACGAGUGGAGAAAUGAAAAAUUCGCUUUGUCUCAAUUGCAAUGCUGAUGUCAAGUCGCUACAUUCCAACCUCAGUAUUAGAAGUAUAUCGCCACACCCUGUCAAACUGAUUAAUGAGAAAUCAAUGAAUAAUGUAGUCACUCCUUUGUACAUACUACCACAAAACACUGAACCUAUCAAAGACAUUCCACCACCAGCAGUACCACCAGUUAUUGAGAGGCCAAAAAAUAAUGGUAUAGUUAUUGAUACCAUCAAAAUCAAUGAUAAAAGCGUUUUAGAACCCAUUGUACAAAUGGACGCUAAAGUGGAUGCUGUUGCUAAAGUCGACGACUUGAAACAGUAUAGGAAGACUAAUAGUGUGUCUAUGGAACCUGCAGUACAUCAUAAACUGUGUGAUCGCACAAAAAGUUCAAUUUCAAGCAAGAAAAGUAGUAUUCAUAGUGCAGGGAAUGGGAAUGAAGAACCGCUCAUUCCAAAAGAAUUGCCUCAUAAGGAUGUACUAAACAAAGAUAUCCUAAAUAAGGACAUUCUCAACAAAGAUUUGAUGAAUAAAGAUAUUCUUAACAAGGAUAUACUUAACAAAGACAUUCUCAACAAGGAUUUACUGAACAGUAAGGAAGCUAAAUCCAUAGCCGAUAACAUCAGUAAAACAGGUGAUAAUAUCAGCCUCAGAAAGAAUUCUCAUAGUUCGAUGGGUGCCGUGAGUCGGACAUCGUCAAUCGCCAAAUCAACAGUAAGUACACACAAGUCUAAUACUCAGGUCGGCCCGGGGCCUAGGUUCUGUCAUUUACGUAUGCAAGCGGGAUCCAAAAAUAUCCUCCUUGACAAUGCCGAACCCGAUGUACCUCCUGUUCUAUAUAGGCGGCAAAGUAAAUGCAAUGAAAACUCCAUCUUCAAAGAUCUCGCAGAUGAUGUAGAUAACUUUAUCGAUUUAGAGAAAACCGAAGAUGAUCUUACAAUAAAAGAAGAUAUAAAAAAUGACAACAUCGUUGUUGAGAGCACGCUUAUCGAUGUCCACGUUGACAACAAUAACAAAGAUACUAAUAUUGCUGCAAAGAAUACCACUAUUAACCCCAUCUUACUAAACGUUUCUUCUUCUCCACUGCAACCUCUGAAGACGCACACAUUUUCUAACAGUUCAGAAAAUAACAAUAACAAAUCGCAAAGCAUUGCAAGUCAGCAAAACACAACUGAAAUUGAUAACCUGCUUAACGAUUUCAAUAUUGAUAAUAACAAUAUUCAAAAUCAUAAAGAGCAAACUAACGACGACACCAAAACAGCUGAUGUUUUCACUCCCACCGAUAAUCAUGAUGUAAAAAUAUUUAACUUUGAUCGCUAUGAACAAAACAAAUUAACUAAUCAAUACAAUAAACCUUUAAGGAAAAUCGACAUGUCGCAACUUCACUCCCUUGAAAAUACUAAGAUUUCUAAGGAUCUGCCACCACAAGGUGACUUAGCGGUAACAGAGAAAAAGCCAGAGGUAGUGAAGCCAUCGUUGCCGCCCAUUGUAAAUGUUUAUCCAAACCUUACGCAAACCCAUUUGAAAGUAAAUGACAACAAAGUUUUUACUAAUGAGCAGAGUACCAGUUCUUUGUCUAGUGACGAUAGUGCGGCUAUAUUGCAAAAGCAGCAACUGCUUAGGGUCGCAGAGUGGGUAGAGAAGAACUUGGAGCAACAGAAUAAUUUUAACGAUCCUCUGGAGGAGGAUGUUAAUUUUACCAAUAGAACGCUGAGGCGAGACAGUAAACUGUCGAGGCUCACAGAAACUCUGAACGAGUUGGCGCUGAAUAUGCCUCAUCCUGUUAGCAAGUAUUCCAAGUCAUAUGGUCGUGAUGGGCAUAACUCGUGGGUUCACAAUAACGUGACGGCGCAGAGUCAGGAGAAAAUGCCAAAGCACCCGAUUGGAAUCGCGAAACUUGCUGGUCACGUGGUCAAAGAAACAAUCUUUCCAGUAGAAAGUGGUGACGCGACCGUGACUGAAAUAAGCGACACGACCAAAAAUAGAGAAACAGUUGCCGAUUUGGUGGCCGAAGGACUCAGAGCUAAAGGCAACAAAGAGAUAACACCGGAAGAUUUGGCGCGAAUGGAAUACAACGUGAAGAAGUUUUUGUUGAGUGGACCACAUUGGGUGAACCCGGGGUCCGUGGGCAGGAGCCGGCGCACAAGCAGUAAGACUGAGACUGAUGUAUAAUUCCACAGUAGGUAGCCACGGUAGAGAUUCAACAUGCAUUCCAUGUUAGGUCGGAAAGCGGUAUGGCAGUCUUGCACUAACGAUGUUUAAGCAGCUCUAGUGUAGCUACUUAUUUAAAUUGACAGUUUUAUUUGUAAAAAUAUUUAUCAAUUUUUAAGUUGUUCUUGAUCGUUCGUGUAUGUUCGUUUUGCAAGAUGUUCCUAAUUGUAGAUAUUUGGCAUCUAGUUAAUCAAACUAUCGGAGAUUGUUUACCGCUCUUAUAAACGGAUUUAUUCAAACUAGUCUUUCGUACGUGUGUUUAUUAUUGUGCUUAAGAUAUUUUUAAUAUAGGGUUUGUAUUGUGUAUUGUACGCGAUUUUAAAGGCAUUUAUGUUAUGAAAGUUAAUCAGAAGUAAUGUGUGUAAGAAUGAAGUUGUAAUGGUAACGAGUCGGGCGUAGGUACCUACGGAAUGGUAUAAGAAAGGCACAAAUCAUAAGUUUUGGAAGUUUUAUAGCUUUUUGAUUUGUUUUUAUUAGAUGGAAGUUCUAAAAUUUCAAUGUUAGUGUUGAAAGAUCGAUAUUAAUUAAAAAAGGCUGUCGUUUGCUAGAAUAGCUUAGAAUAGGGAAAAGCAUCGCCAAUAUUAAAAUAAGACAAGUGAAGAGAUCUAUUUGUAAACGUCAUCACAUAGCAAGCGCAGAUAUCAGAGCCACUUACUAGUUCACUAUAGUUACUAUGUCUUAAAUAGUGUUUUUUGUUGUAUUUUUAUCUCAGACUUUUACUAUCACAAUAUUAGUACGCUUUCGAAUAAAUGUGAUAAAUGCAAAGUAUAUGAUAGUGGUUAAAUUCGCCUAACGUACAAAAUAUUCUAGCAAUGAAUUAACUCAAAUUAUAUCUAAAACAGGCGCAGAAAUUAUUUUCUUAUAAACUGACAUUGAUGUUACCUUAUAAUGAUGUAUUUAGAAAUACCUAUGUGUUGUGUACUCUGGAUCCUUUGUCGAUAUUGUGUACCCAAUGAUUCCAGUGUUGAGCAGUUGUGACAAAUUCGAGUUUUGUGAAUCGAUUCAUUAUUAUCAAUUCGUAUUGUCGACUUGCUUGGUUUUUGUGAUUGGCUGUCUUUUGUGUUUCAUGAAACCAAAAGUAUUACACUUAUUUUACUGAAGUGUGUGUUUGUGAUAAUAUUUCGUCUUAUACUAGUUUUUUAAUAAUGUAUAUGUGUGUAGGUAUAAUUUACGGCUGUUUUCACUUCGUCAUUCACCUUCUUAUUCAUACUUUAAUAUAUCAAUAGAGUUAAUCAAAUAUAAGAAAUUCAUGGUAUGCAUUAUUACUAUUUAGUUCAAAAAUAUUCAUAAUGCAGACCUUGAGAAUAUAUUACCCUCAUAUUCCCUACAUACACAAUGUAUCAUGCCUCCGCUUACACGACAUGUACAAGUUUUAUAAUGUAAUAAAAAAGUAUGUUAAUAGAUAUCAAAAUGGGUGUGUUUAUGCAUAUUUUCCUAUAUCAAUGGAAUAUAUUUUUUAAAUAUUAGUUAUGGUGGAUCUGUAUACAGUAGUUAGGAAAAGAAAUGUUAGGAUGUAGAUCUUACCUGUUGGUAUGAUGUUUAUGGAUGGUGUUAUGCGUAUGAGCACAAGUUAGUGUCGUUCGUGUUAGUGAUCGUCUACCCGACUAGCCAGCGCAUUCCCUCGGCACUCCAAUGUUUAUCAUUUGGACUGUAACAUUUUGUAUUCAGCUAGGUCAUGUUUGAAAAAGAUCUGUGAUUUUUUGCUAUGAUCAAUUGAUCAGGGGUGUUGUGUAUUUUCGCCAAUGCAAUGUUAUUUUAAGUGAAAGAAAAUGCAAAUGUUAUACGUAGUUUAACAAUCAACUAAUAUUUUUUAAAGGAAUAUUUUCUGAAUCGUUACUAAAUUCAAACAUAACAGUACAAAUGCGUAGAUAACUAUUAUUCUUGCCAAAUUUUUGCAUACACGUGACCCCUGAUCUGAUCGUUAUUUAUUUUAAGGGUCUUAUUACUUGAUACACUCCAUUGAUCACGAAGCUUGUCGCUGACCCUAGUAGUUAAAUUAGAUGUAGAUGUGCCACAGUCUAACUUCGUGCAGUAGGUCAACACGAAUUAUGUUGUGCAAUCAUACUGAAAAAAUAUGCCGAUUGAACUAGUUUAUUUUGGAGAUAAUUAAAAAUCAAUUUAUAGGUUUUAUUUAAACAUUGUUUUGUAACAAAGUGAUCUCGAUUAUAUUAAAAGUCGCGUUGUCUUACUGUAUGAAGUGGAUAGUCAAACUGUGGCUAUGCUUUCGAAACAAUAUUCACACGAGGGCUACGGCUACUCUCACUGACUAGCUUCAGCAGCGUUAAUGUAAUAUGUGUUUAUUUAUUAAACAUUAUUGUAAAC